AUGACUAUCAGACACGAUUCAAAUGCUGUUGAGGCAUCCAAGCCUGCUUUCCAGCAGCCUUCUCAGGCCAAGAUGUUCACUCUUGAUGAGAUGAUCAGACGACGCGCUGCAGAAUUAGGAGAUGCAACCUUAAUAGGAGCGCCAGAAACUGGCGUUGAUGAUUUUAAGGAGCACAGCGCUAUCGAUUUAGAUAGAUAUGCUGAUGCGGCUGUUGCAAAAUUCCAGAGCAUUGGUCUCAAGCCUGUGGAUUCAACACUUGAAAAAGCACCCGUAGUUGGAAUGCUUGGCCAAUCCGGUAUUCACAUUGUUGUUCAAAUCAUCGCAUUAAAUCGUCUUGGAUACUCAGCGUUUCUCAUCUCAACACGUUUGGCUUGCCCUGCCAUCACUCAGCUUCUCGACCUGGCAAGUUGCAACGUCAUUCUAACAACGCCAACUUUCCACCCCGUUCUUGAACAAGUUCAACAAAACCGCCAACUAGAGAUACUGCCCAUGUUGCAAAAUGCAGACUUGUACAGGCAGGAUGCACCACGCUUCUUACGAGAUUACAACCCCGAAACCGAGUCACGAAAGGUAGCAGUUAUCAUUCACUCUUCCGGCUCAACAGGACUACCCAAGCCAAUCUACCUCACCAACUCAAGUUGCAUUGGUGCUUUUGCUGUGCAUAUGAACAUGCGUGGUUUCCUCACAUCACCUUUCUUCCACAGCCAUGGUUUCUACGAGGUGUUCCGAUCAAUUUACUCAGGCAAGCAGAUUUACCUCACAAACUAUGGUCUCCCUAUUACAAGAGAAUCUGUUAUGGCGCAGCUCAAAGCAACCAAGCCUGAGAUCUUCCAUUGCGUGCCUUAUGUCAUCAAGCUGCUCGCUGAGAGCGAAGAGGGAAUAAGGAUGCUGGCGGAUAUGAAGGUUGUUCUUUAUGCGGGAAGUGGAUGUCCGGAUGAUCUUGGUGAUCGUCUUGUUGAAGCGGGUGUUAACCUUUGUGGUAACUACGGAGCGACUGAGACCGGCAGACUUGCUACUUCUCAACGCCCAGAAGGUGACAAGGCGUGGAACUAUAUCCGAAUUCUACCCCCAGCUGAACCAUACACCAUUUUCGACGAAGUUGCCCCUGGUUUGUUUGAGUGUGUAGCACUAGAUGGACUUCCAUCAAAGAGUACCACCAACUCUGACAACCCACCUGGAUCAUUCCGCACACGCGAUCUCUUCACGCAACACCCCACAAGACCGACACUAUGGAAAUUCGCCUGCCGAUUGGAUGACCGAUUUACUCUCAUCAACGGCGAAAAGGUCCUUCCCAUUCCAAUUGAGGGUCGUAUUCGCCAAGAGGAAAUUGUCAAGGAAGCUAUUGUAUUCGGAGAUGGCAGGACAUAUCCUGGUAUCUUGAUCGUCAAGGCUGAUCGUGUCGCCGAUAUGUCUGAUGAUGAGUACCUCGACGCCAUCUGGCCUUCAGUUGAAGACGCCAACUCGCGGGCAGAGUCUUUCUCGAGAAUUCCUAAGGAACUGGUGGUCAUUGUACCUGCUGAGGUAUCUUACCCUCGAACUGAUAAGGGUACUUUCAUUCGAGUUCCUACAUACCGCCAGUUCGAAAACGAAAUCGAGGCUGCGUAUAGUCGAUACGAAGGCCAGGAUGAUCAAGCUGGCUCAUUGACUAUCGAGGGCAAAGAGUUGGAAGACUACCUUCUCGAACAACUCAAGGUCAAAUGCGGCGUGGAACUCGAAUCCUCAGAGGCAGACUUCUUCGCUUCGGGCGUUGAUAGUCUACAAUGCAUCCAGAUGUGGAGUCUCAUCAAGCGCGAGAUUGACCUCGGUGGCAACCAAUCCGAACUCGGACAGAAUGUUCUCUACGAAACGGGUAACGUCAAGCUGCUUGCUAGUCACCUCGAGAGACUAAGGAGUGGUGCUGGUGAUGAGACGAAAGAUCAGUUGAAGAUUAUGGAGGACUUGGUUGAGAAGUACUCUUCUUUUAGACCUCACGUCGCCGGAUCUGCGCCUCAGCCUCAGAAGGAGCUUGUGUUACUUACUGGUGUUACUGGUGCAUUGGGUGCUCAUGCACUUGCUCAGCUAACAGCCCAACCUCAUGUUGGAGCUGUAUGGGCCUUGAUCCGGGCGCCUAGUGACCACGCAGCCACCGAGAGACUGGACAAGUCUCUCGAAGCCCGUGGUCUGUCACUGGAUGAUGAGCAACGUGGUAAAGUGCUCGCAUUGCCUUGCGACCUCAGUCGUCCAGAUCUUGGCCUGAGCGAAUCCAAUCUGGCCGAACUACAGAACAAGCUUACGACCAUCAUCCACAGUGCAUGGGCCGUAAACUUCAAUAUCUCGGUUCAGAGCUUCGAAGACCAACACAUCAAGGCUGUUCACAACCUUAUACAACUAAGUCUAUCUGUUCAAACACCUCAACCUGCUCGCUUCUUCUUCUGCUCUUCUGUUUCGUCGGCGGGAGGGACACCCAGACCGGGCCAAGUCCUCGAAACACUUGUUCCGUCGCCGGCACAUGCGCAACACACCGGGUAUGCGAGAUCGAAGUACGUUGCUGAGCAUAUUACGGGUAAUGCGUGCAAGGCAGGAGCAGUAGCGAGAGUUUUGAGACUGGGACAGCUGGUGGGAGACACCAAGGUCGGGGAGUGGAAUACUACCGAGGGCAUUCCUUUGAUGAUUCAGACUGCUGUUACACUUGGUGCUCUGCCGGCGCUAAACGAGGAAAUGACUUGGCUACCGGUAGACCUUGCAGCAUCGGCAAUCCUUGACCUGUCCAACCUAGCCGCUACCCCGACCACAAACCGUUCCUCCAGAGCGGAUCUGGUCUACCACAUCCUCAAUCCUAUCCGAUUCCACUGGGCGAACCAAAUGCUUCCGUCCAUGAGGGAAGCAGGCUUCAAGUUCGAAACCCUUCCCACAAGCGAAUGGAUGCAACGUCUACGCGACUCUGAUAGAGAUCCUUCCAAGAACCCCCCCAUCAAGCUUCUGGAUUGGUUCGAGAGUAAAUACGGAAACAAGGCGUCUACGAAGGCGGAGACUGGACCUCUUGAUUAUCUCACAGACUUGUCAAGGGAGGAUAGUGUCACGUUGAGGAACGUGCCGGAUGUAACAGACGUGGGAUAUGUGAACAUGGUGCUCGGUCGGUUGCAGAAGCGUUGGGAACAGGCAUCUACGUAG